AGAAGGAUGGAAAGCUCGCGUGUCUCCAUAGGAUGCGCUAGUCACAAGUGCCAAGGGCAUUAGGACCCUGAAGAUUUCUCCAUCUCGCUCUCUUUUCGCUCUGCAGGACUGAGCAGUGAGACAAGAGGUAAAACAAACAGCUGUGACUGCACGAGCCAGCCAAAUAUCAGAAGGGGAGAGAAGAGAGAGAGGAUCCUAUCGCCACUCCUCCGUCGGACUCUCCCACAUCCCCGGUUUGAUUCCUCUGAACCCCUCUUCUGCUUCUUCUGCUUCUUCUUCAGUUUACUCGGGAUUCCCAGCCUCCACCGGGGCUCUUAGGAUGAGGCGGAUCAGGGCUAAUGCCAUCGCAAUCCUGACCGUCGCCUGGAUUCUGGGCACUUUCUAUUAUUUGUGGCAGGACAACAAGCCCCAUUCAGCAGCAUCCAGCCGAUCUCCGAGCAGCGGCGGCGGCAGGAACGGGCAGAGAUCAACGGGCAAACUCGAGCUCCACAAAGACGAGCGGACCAUCCCCCUCAUCGUAUCUAGGCCACCACAAGCAGAAAAAAGUGGCCUGCGGGGUUUCGAUGAGAAGGCUUAUGUGUCUUCCAAGUUGCUGAAGGCUGGAGAAGACCCUUACAGGCAGCAUGCAUUCAACCAGCUGGAAAGUGACAAACUGAGCAGUGAUCGACCCAUUCGGGACACCAGGCACUACAGGUGCACCUCUGUCCAUUAUGGAGCAGACCUGCCAACAACCAGCAUCAUCAUCACUUUUCACAAUGAGGCGCGCUCCACUUUGCUCCGUACAGUGAAGAGUGUUCUGAAUCGCACUCCUGCCAACCUGAUUCAGGAAAUAAUUUUAGUAGAUGACUUCAGCUCUGAUCCUGAAGACUGCCAGCUCCUUACCAAGAUACCGAAGGUCAAAUGUUUGAGGAACAGUCGGCGAGAAGGGCUCAUCCGCUCUCGUGUGCGAGGAGCUGAUUCAGCGACAGCAGAGAUUCUGACCUUCUUGGACAGUCACUGUGAGGUGAACAGUGAAUGGCUGCAGCCUAUGCUUCAAAGAGUCAGAGAGGAUUAUACUCGGGUAGUGAGUCCUAUCAUUGAUGUGAUAAGCUUGGACAAUUUUGCCUACUUAGCAGCAUCAGCAGAUUUAAGGGGAGGAUUUGACUGGAGCCUUCACUUUAAGUGGGAGCAGAUCCCCAUUGAGCAAAAGAUGUCUAGAACAGACCCCACCCAGUCCAUAAGAACACCUGUCAUAGCUGGAGGCAUCUUUGUGAUCAAUAAGUCUUGGUUUAACCAUCUGGGGAAAUACGACACUCAGAUGGACAUCUGGGGAGGAGAGAACUUUGAGCUUUCCUUCAGAGUAUGGAUGUGUGGAGGCAGCUUGGAGAUCGUUCCCUGCAGCCGUGUGGGCCAUGUUUUCAGGAAACGCCACCCUUAUGACUUCCCUGAGGGCAACGCACUGACUUAUAUCAAAAAUACCAAACGUACAGCAGAAGUAUGGAUGGAUGAGUACAAGCAGUACUACUAUGAGGCCCGUCCAUCUGCCAUUGGGAAGUCAUUUGGAAACAUUGCAGACCGAGUGGAGCAGCGCAGGAAACUGAACUGUAAAUCUUUCCAGUGGUACUUGGAGAAUGUCUACCCUGAGCUCAAGAUCCCAGAAAAGGAAUUAAUUCCUGGAAUUAUCAAGCAAGGAGUAAAUUGUUUGGAGUCUCAAGGACAAGACACAGCAGGAAACUCUCUAGCAGGAAUUGGAAGCUGUAAAGGGACAGUGAACAGUCCUUCUGCCACUCAGGAGUGGAUAUUCAGCGACCCUUUAAUCAGGCAGCAAGACAAGUGUCUUUCAAUCACCUCAUUCUCCACUGGGUCUCAGAUCACAAUCGAGGCAUGCAAUCAGAAAGACGGCAGACAGAAAUGGAAGAUGAAAGGCAGCUUCAUCCAGCACUUUGUCAGCGGCCUGUGUUUAGAAAAUCAGUCCAGCAGAUUAGUAACCAACAUCUGCCAGUCAGAUAUACUGGGCCAACAGUGGGAGCUGCUCCAAGUCACAUGAUGGUUGCCAAGCAACCUUCUGUUGCUUUUGCAUGAGACUCUGGGAAUGGAAGGGGUUAGGGUGGGGAAUGACAUUUGAUUAUCUCUAAACCCUAAGUAUUUUGAUUGUGAACCUCAAUAACCGUUUCAGUUGAAGUUUCAGUGUUUUUUGAAUUCAUUAAUGAAGUACUCCAUCAUGUCAGUAAUCAUCACUGGAAAUGGCCCAUUUGUUUCCCUGUGUUCUCACUGUGCAUACCACCACAGGAAAAUUAACAGCAGUUCAAGCUGGAGAGUGGCACAGUCCAGUAACCAGACCGACAGUUCUUUCCUUCCAUUCCUUCAAACUUGUGCUAGCCUAUGGUCUUAUGGAAACUUGUGCUAGUCUAUGGUCUUAUUGAGUUGUUGCCAUUGCACAGUGACAGUAGUUAAUGUGAACUGCUGAUGGAUUUGCUUGGCUUCACGGGGUUUCAGACAUCGCCUCAUUUUGCAUAUUUGUGUUGUACAAAAUGCUUUAUAGCAAAGUUUGUGCAAAUAGUUGUGGGAGAUACAAAAUGAAAGAAGAAUGAAAGAAGAUAGGAUUUUCACUAUUUUGGCUGUGUUUCUGUGUUUUUACUAUUUUGGCUGUGUUUCAAUGUUUUCUUCAUUGGACUAGAUCGAUAUCAUUCCUUGCAGGAAUUCUAUUUGAAAGGGUUGGUGAUAUUGCAGGAAGAAAGUGGCCACCAUCCUUUGCCAGCUGUACAGUGUGGCCCAUUUCCUAAUCCUUGAGAUUUACAGUGCAUUUUUCUAAAGAAAAUUACAUGAAGAAGAGGUCCUUU